AUGGACCAGGACAUCAAGAAAUGCCAACUCACCGUGGUGCUCUUCUUCUUCCGUAAACUGCAAAUCCACGCACACCAAGUUAAGUAUGCCCACAAAGCCAGCUUUUUGGCUCCUCUUAAUGACGACAAAUAUAAGGAUACUCAAUAUCAGUGGUGGAAAAGCUCCAUUGAAUGUCCUGAAUGUGGGAAAGGUUUCAGGGAGAAUUCAAACCUGGUAAACCACCAGAAGACUAACACGGGAGAGAAACCGUAUGACCGUCUAGUUUGUGUGGGAAGUUUCAUUACAAAUUCCCACCUGGUAAAACAUCAGAGGACUCACACAGCAGAGAAACUGUAUGAGUGUUCAGAAUGUAGAAAAAGUUUCAGUUACUGCUAAUCCUGUGAUACAUGAGAGGACUCAUACAGGGGAGAAACCAUAUGAGUGUCCAGUCUGUGGGGAAAGUUUCAUUUCAAAUUUCAACCUGGUGAAACACCGGAGAAAAACCAUUUGAAUGUCCUCAUUGUGGGAAAAGUUUCAAGAAGAAUUCUGACCUGGUAAAACACCAGAGGAUUCAAAUAGGAGAGAAACUAUAUGAGGGUCCAAUUUGUGGGGAAACUUUCAUUGCAAAAUCUGACCUGGUGAAACACCAGAGGACUCACACAGCAGAGAAACCCUUUAAAUGUUGUGAUUGUGGGGAAAGUUUCAGUUAAAACUCCAGCCUGGUGAUACACCAAUUCUAUUUUAUUUGGAAAAAGAACUUAAAUCGGAUAAGAACCUAGCCCGGGAUCUGAAAAAGAUUUUAAAUGUUAUGGGGGACAUCUUAUUACUUCUGACAAAAACACUUGCUCAGAGCCCAGAUUUGACCUUAGUAUUAUCUAUGAAAGACUUAACUCUGAGAGAGCAGCUGGGAGGUGAAAUUGGUUUCUGAGAACAGUAGAGGUGAACAUUUAUUGACUCUUGUUUAAUAAACUACUAACUCAAGAAACAACAGGAGUGGAACAAGUGAAUACCAAGACAGAGGCCUUUACAGAACAACAAGAACAGAUUAUUGAAAAUCCAGACAACGAAACAAGAACUCCAAAACUGGAAAUGACCUUCUAUGCAAAUCAGAAGAAAUUUGAGGAAAAAAAAGACCAGAUCGAAUUGAAGACAACUGUAUCAGAACAAUUACGAGGAUCUGGGAUACCAGGGCAACAACCUAAUGAUUAUAAAUUGGCCAGAACUUUCAGAAAAUUGGCAAUUAGAUGGUCUCCUUUAAUUCAAAUAAUAUAUACAAGAAUGAAGGGAGAUCUAUCUGAUGAUUUAAAAGCAUUGACAUGGAAGCCUGGUUGGCAAAAGAAGAAAGCUAGAAUUAGGUUGAAAAGCUGGGCCUUUUUGAUUUAUUAGACUCUAACCUGUCAGCUAGCGGGCUAAAGGGAGAUUUUGAGAUAAAGGGAAAUUUGAUUAUUAGAUUUAAAAUAGUCGGAAAACAGUAAAAAAAUAAGGGAAUAAUUUGCCUAAUAUUGAAGAUUUAGAUUUACAAGGGAAAUGUAAACUAACUAUUAGGAAAUAGGUUUGAAUUAUUGAUUAGCCCAGAGAAUAUAGUUGAUGGAUCUGAACUAAUAAAAGUCACUUUAUUAUUAAGGUGGUGAUGUAUUAGGAUGGGGAUAUGAAAAUGUUUAUGGAAUAAAAUAAGAAUAUAGUUAAGUAAUAAAUAUGUGUAUUUCAGAUAUUAUAAUUAUUAUGAAGUGAGAUAAAGGAAAUUUGGGUUACCUGAAAGUUGAAUACUAUGGCAUUAAAGAUCAAACUGGAAAUAUGUAAUUAAAAAUUAAAAAUAGGUAAUAUUUAAUAAAAGGACAUUGAUUAUCGAGAUUUAUUAAGAUAUGUAUAAACAAAACAAAUGUAUAAAUGCAAUAAUGAAGUUUAUACUGAAUUUUGAUACAACUAGGAAUUUAUUAGCUUAAAUAUGAAAUAAUGUUAAGGGAAACAGAAGAAAUUUUUCAUAAUGUAACCUGAAAUAUCUCAUCUACUAAAGAUUGUUGUUUAAUCCAAUUACCACAUUGCCUUCUAAAUACUUAUAUGUAAAACUGGAAAAUCGAUAAAAAAAAAUUUUUUUUUUAAAAAAAAAUUCCAACCUGGUGAUACACUACAGAACUCACAAAAGAGAAAAAACAUUCAGGAAUGUGGGAAAAGUUUCAGUCAAAAUUCCAGCCUGGUGAUACACCAGAGGGCUCACAAAGGAGAGAAACCGCAUGGGUGUCCAGCGUGUCGGAAAAGUUUCAGUUACGUUUCUCUGCUUGUAAAACACCAGAGGAUGUAUACAGGAGAGAAACCGUAAAAGUAUCCAGAUUUUGGAAAAGAUUUCAGUAUUGGGUCUAACCUUAUACAUUCUGUAUCACACAGGGAAGAAACAUUUGAAAUGUCCAAUCUGUGAAUAAUUCUUCAGGCAUAAAUCAUCUCUUAUUGCACACAAGGAAGUGCACAUGAAGCAAACAUUGAUGAGUUUAGAGACAUCUUGAAUUUCAUUUCUGAUUUUCCAUUGAGAGUAUAGGUGAGAAACUGACUACUUCAAUUCUGGCUUGAUUCUUUUUAGUCAACAGAUCUCAGUAUUAGACCUAUAGGUGGAGAGAAAAAUAUGAAAAAUGUUAGUUUGAUAUAGACCAACUACCUAUUUCUGCUUAUCAACAAUAGUUUCUGGAUAUUUCUAUUUAUUUAUGAGACUUAUAUACCGCUUUAAGUGCAAGCACUCUCUAAGCGGUGUACACCAGUAAGCAAUGUACAUAUAUAUUUACAUUGCCCCCAACAAUCUGGGUCCUGUUUGCAGGAGUUGUGAAAUUCCUCGGCUACUGUACGUUAGUCCUCGGGAUACAACUCUAAUGGGCCUCCUAAUUGUAGUUGGGAGCCUGCUUUGUGUCAUGCCUCCAUGGGAGCCUGAAUCUGGACCCUAUGGAGGCCGAGGGAGAGGCAUCUGUGGCUUCAGAGGAAUGUGGGGAAGAGCAGGCCGAGGCAGGCCAGGGUAUUUCAGGAUUGGGACAGGAGGAACAUGAGAGUUCAGGCCAUGAGCAAGGCCACUCCUUCCUGAUCCGAGAACACGGGGAGUGGAGAGAAGGAUCUGAAAAAGAUUUUAAAUGUUAUGGGGGACAUCUUAUUACUUCUGACAAAAAGACUUGCUCAGAGCCCAGAUUUGACCUUGGUAUUAUCUAUGAAAGACUUAACUCUGAGAGAGCAGCUGGGCGGUGAAAUUGGUUUCUGAGAACAGUAGAGGUGAACAUUUACUGACUCUUGUUUAAUAAACUACUAACUCAAGAAACAAAAGGAGUGGAACAAAUGAAUACCAAGACAGAGGCCUUUACAGAACAACAAGAACAGAUUAUUGAAAAUCCAGACAACGAAACAAGAACUCCAAAACUGGAAAUGACCUUCUAUGCAAAUCAGAAGAAAUUUGAGAAAGAAAAAGACCAGAUCGAAUUGAAGACAACUAUACCAGAACAAUCACGAGGAUCUGGGAUAUCAGGGCAACAGGCAGGCUUAACUACUUAGGAGGAAAGCGCCCUGCCCCUCUCCACAUGGCACACCUGGAGACUGAGACUUAAGGAGAUGCUGUGGGGAGAAGUAUUUGUCGGGAACAAACACUGAUUCAUUGGAAUUUUGUGUGCUGUUGCUGAUCUUGAAAACAACUCUUUGAUCUCUUGUUCUGUGUUGUGAUUUCUGCUUAGAAACCCUAAAACUCUGACCAUUGGACUGACUGACAACAGUGACUGGGUGUUCAAAGACCUCGGAUUGUAUUUUGACUUCUAUUUUGAAACUGCUCAGGCAAGCUUGUAUUUCCACAGACUUGUUAGAUUUUGGAUGUUUCAUUCCUUGUUAUCUACGUGACCUUAAGUAAAUUACUUUUCUAAUCAGACUGUACGUGAAACUACUUGCAGCCAGAGGCGGCUGAAGGUGUGUGUGUGUCUUCCUUUGUUCUGGGGCUUGUCAGAAACGUGGGAGCAUUUGGGGAACAUUUGGAGCAGACUAAACUGCCUCUGUGCUCUGCCCGGGGUCAUCACACUUUGCUUAACUACUGCUACUCCUGCUGUUCCUGAUGCAGCAGUUAAAUGAAUGUGUAAGUCAUUAAACAACACUGGCUACCUCACUGUUGGGGAAAACUCUUGGUAGUCCUCGAUUUACAACUGUAAUUUAGCCAGCAAUUACAGUUGUAAAUCAAGAGGGUCAUUAAUGGGUCAUCACACAGUGUGAUCAAUUUUAUAACCUAUUUUGUGGAAGCACAGAAGGAAGUGCACAUGAGGCAAACAUUGAUGAGUUUAGAGAAGGCUUGAAUUUCAUUUCUGAUUUCCCAUUGGGACUGUAGGUGAGAGAUUGGCUACUUGAAUUCUGACCCGAUUCUUUUUAGUCAACACAUCUUAGGAUUAGACCUGUAGGUGUGGAGAAAAAAAAUGGAAAUUGUUAGUAGAUAAAGGCUAAUGAACUGUUUCUGAUUAUCAGCAGAUGUUUCUGGAUGUUUCCUUUUACAGAACUUGUGGAAUUCCUCAAAUAGCGUUUUUUGGGGGUUUUUUUGUAUAUUGAUUACGGAAAUCCAACAUAUGGAGUUGCAGCCUUGUUUGUUGUGCUCCAGAUUUUGAUCCCCACAUUUUCACAGCCAGCAUACCAGUAGCCCACAAGUUACAACUGUAAUGGGGCCUGCCAGUUACAGUCGCACGUUACAAAAGCCAUGAAGUGAGAGUGGUUUGGUUAAUUACCUCCACCCUCCGUGAUGCAGCCAUUAAACAGAUGUGCAAAUAGCUACGUGGAAUACUAGCAACCCCACUGUUGGGGGAAGGUGUUGGAAGCCUACCGCAGGACCAGACCUGCCCCCCCCCCCGGCAUCCCUAGGCCUCUCCCACCCGAGACAUCCUGUGCUCUGCUUCCCAACCCUUGGUUCCCCUGGGGAUUUUCCUCCAUUAUAGGGCCCCACCAAGCUUUUCUCCCACCCCAUGGUCCCCACAGGUUUUUCUCCCAUGGUCCCCCUGACCUCUCCCCCACAGUAUUUGGGGGGCUGCCACAAAGAAGGUGGGAUCAAAUUCUCUAAAGAACCAGAGGGCAGGACAAGAAACGGUUGGAAACUGAUCAGAGAGAGAAGAACCUGGAAUUAAGGAGAAACUUCCUAAAAAUGCAGACAAUUAACCAGAGUGUUAUGUGCUCCUGCCUACUUUCCUUCAUGACCAGAAGCAAACUCAGCUGACCAAUAACCAGCCAAGGCACAGUGAAGGCCUUUUAUUUCAUUUAUUGCAAUAAGCGAGGAGAGAAGCUAUCAAAGCUUGGUCCUCUUCAAAGUUCCAACCCAAAAUAUUCCUUCUUUAUACAACCCUGUCCCGGAUGCCACAUCCCUCCUCAUUCCCCAUUGUACUUUCUUUGGUAUUCAGCAGAUUCUAUUUUAAAUUUUUCUUUCAAUAUUAAAAUUUGAAGACCUUUCAUUCACUUCUACCAAGAGGAACAGCUUGCUUUCAGCUUGCUUUCAGUGCUCCAUCACUGGAGGUUUUUAAGAAGAGUUUAGACCAGGGAUCAGCAACUCGUGGUUCCUGAGCCGUAUGCGGCUCUUUCAUCCCUCCGCUGUGGCUCCCAGUCCUUUGCCAUCUAAAAAAAUUCCAAUUUCUCAUGGAAAAAUAAAAGAUCUUGCCCAACUGGAAUUGAUUGAACUUUUUAGUCCCACAGUUUGUGGGCAGGCUAACAAGUUUCUUUUGUUUGUAAGACUGCACACAGCAGCGGAUGAAAUGACGGAGGACCGUGUCAGAGCUGGAAAGGUGCCGCUAGGGCCCAGUCGGGGGCGCAAGGGGGUUUUCUGCCAAUCAUGUACGGAGCUGGGGAAAUGGGCCAGCCAGCCAGCCACCGUCGCCCGAACUACCCUUCACCUGGCCAGCCGGCUGGCACAAAGCCUCACCAGUCUUCUCCUACUCGUUCUCCUCACUCUGCUCCAUUCGAGUUGAAGAAAGCAGAGGCGCAGCAGCGGGAUUGCUCUCAAUAAGGCAGGCGCACACGAGCGAGCAGCACACCCAGUUCUUAUUGUUUGCUGCGCCUCCGCUUUCUUCAACUUGGAUGGAGCUGAGGAGCCGCUGGGGGCCAGUUGAGUGGGAAGGACGAGCUUUGCUGCUGGGCAGUGCCUGGGCUAUGCACUGCCGCUGCCUCCCAAAUGCCAUCUUUGCUGCUGGGAAAGCUGCAGUGGCAGGGCGCUCCAUGCAGGGGAGGUAGGAAGGAAAUGUGGCGGCAACAGGGCACUCUGCACAGGAGAGGUAGGAGGGAAAAACAGCAGCAGAAAAUGCUCAUGUGGAGGAGGUAGGGAAAAGUGGCAGCAUGGCGCUCUGCGCAGGGAGAUAGAAGAGAAAACCAGUGGCAGGAUGUGCUCAGCACGGGGGAGGUAGAGGAAGAAAGCAGCAGUGGCAGAGUGCUCCAUGCCAGGGGGGGGAAGUAAACAGCAGCAGCAUGGAGUGCUGGGGAGUAAGCAGCAGGGUUUUGUGGCUCCUGGUGUAUUUUCUCUGGAAAAGGGGUCCAAAUGGCUCUUUGAGUGUAUAAGGUUGCCGACCCCUGGUCUAUAAGAUUCUUAAAAAGCGUAAGUUUAAUUGUUUAUACAAUGCUUGCAGAUGUGAAAAAAAAAA